GAAGCGGCCGGGGAAGGAGAGUCACGUGGGAGGCGUAGUGUGCGGCUGUGAGUACCGGGUGCGCGGCGGAGGAUCGUAAAGAUGAUUAUCCCAGUCAGAUGUUUCACUUGUGGAAAAAUUGUUGGGAAUAAAUGGGAAGCAUAUCUUGGGCUCCUGCAGGCGGAGUAUACCGAAGGUGAUGCACUGGAUGCGUUGGGUCUGAAGAGAUACUGCUGUCGCCGCAUGUUGCUCGCCCACGUAGAUCUGAUUGAGAAACUUCUGAACUAUGCGCCUUUGGAGAAGUGAGAAGGAUUCUCCUUAGGAGGAACACUUACUGAGAACCUGUUUUCUUUAGUAGUACACAAGAAUGAUGCCAACACCAACCACAGUUACUGCUCUAAAACGGCAAACAUCCAUACGGACAAAUCUUAGUGCUUCUCCCAAAAUGGACUACAGCAAACACCUUCCCCAUUCCAGAAAUGUCUACGUAAACUGUUUGCGAAGUUGACUUGUAUUUAAUAAAUCAUUUUGUUAAUAAAAACCAA